AAAAAAAAAGAAUGUAUGCUCAAACUCUGAUAGGAAGUAUAAGUCGUAAUAAUUCAUAUAAAAAUGCUUUUGCUUUUACCAAUGUGGUUUUUAGAUCUUUUCUACGAAACAAACCAUCAACGUUCGCUUUGAAAACAGAGUUACAACAUUCUUCGGUAAUUCGUGGAUAUUCCACCUUAAACGUGUUGAAAAACAAACGGUUCUCUUUUGAUACACGUUUAACAACUGGUCUAAAUACUUCUCCACAAACUUCCUUACAUAACACGAAUAUUCGUACAUAUGCUAAAUUAGCACGGACAAGAAAAAUUGAAGAUACUGAAACAGAAAGAAAAGAAUUUAAUAUAAAUGAUCCUUCUAUUGUAUCUAAAGAUGAAUAUGUUCCAUCAAGAUUCGAUGAAAUUACUUCAAUUUCACCAAAAACACAACAAGCUUUACUUAAAGUUUUUAAAUAUCAUGAAAUGUCAAAAGUUCAAGAUGCUGUAUUAUCACAAUUACCAAUUGAAGGAGAUCUAUUUGUAAAAGCAAAAACUGGUACUGGCAAAACCUUGGCAUUUUUAAUUCCUGCUAUAGAAACUUUAAUCCGUAAUUCUCAAAAUGGUAAUAGAGGAGAAAUGGUUUCAAUUAUGAUUAUUUCCCCAACUCGUGAAUUAGCUCAACAAAUUGCAAAUGAAGCAUAUCAACUUUUGACUUUUUAUAAUUAUAAAGUUCAAUGUUUAGUUGGUGGUGAAAGUAGGAGACUUCAAGUUAGAAAAUUAUCACAUCAAAGAGUAGAUCUUGUAGUAGGUACACCAGGUAGAUUAUACGAUCUAUUAUCAACCGAAUCAAAUUUUAAAAAACAAUGUAAUGGUAUAAAAACGUUAAUUCUUGAUGAAGCGGAUCAGCUGUUAGAUAUGGGUUUCCGAGAUGAUAUCGAAGAAAUUGUGCAUUUUUUCCCAAAGGAAAGACAAACCUUCCUAUUUUCUGCAACAGUCUCUAAUCAAAUCCGACAAAUAGCUAAUCUUUCUCUCAAGCCUGAUUACAAAUUUAUUGAUACUGUUGAUCCAAAUGAUGUUAACACAAAUACUCAAGUUAAACAAUCAUACGUUAUAACUCCUUAUGAAGCACAUCUUACUACUAUCCGAAAUAUCAUGAAAGAACAUAAAAAAUCGCACAAGAAAGGGAAAAUAAUAAUGUUCCUACCAACAAGAUUGGGAACUAUGCUUUAUGCUGACUUUCUGAAAAAUUUGGGUGAUAUGGAGAUUUUUGAACUCCAUUCUGGUUUGUCACAAAUGCAGCGUUCCAGAGUGUCAGAUAGAUUCCGUAGAUCAAGACAAAAUGCAGUUCUUGUUACGUCUGAUGUAUCAGCACGAGGUGUGGAUUAUCCAGGAGUUACGAUGGUACUUCAAAUUGGUGCACCUUCUACUCGGGAACAAUAUAUUCAUCGUUUGGGACGAACAGGCCGUGCAGGCAAAGAAGGGGAAGGAAUGCUUGUAUUGGCACCCUUUGAGAAAGGAUUUACAAAACUUAUCAAUGAUCUGCCAAUAAAAGAAGUGGAUGGUCAGUCUUAUAAUGUUAAAGAAGAUGAUAACAUGAUCGAAAGAGCUUUAGAAGAGCUUGACAUUGACCAAAUAAAAGAAGCAUCCAUGGCUUUUCUAGGAUAUUAUGCAGGAAAAUCCAGUGCAAAUUAUUUCAAAAAAAUUGAUUUGGUGUCAGCUGUUAGUGAAUUUUCAAAAGCUUUUGGAUCUGAAAUGCCAGUUAGUCCAUAUGUUUUGGAUAGGUUUGGGUUGAAAGAAAAAACUCGAUCACGAGGAGGUGGUGAUAGAUUUGGUAGGGGUCGAUUUGGUGGUAGAUCUAAUGACUUAAAUAAAAGAUUUGAUAGAGAUGGAAGAGGAAAACGUGAAUCCCGUGGUCGGUAUAAGUAUUAAAACUAAUAACGGUAUAAGUGUUAAUAAGAACAUUUUUAUUUUCCAGUAAAUUAACAACACCUAUCAUGAAGCACUUUAUAUAUAUAAUUAAAAGUUUAAUUGCUGAUAUUUAUUCACGUGUAAAUUUUCUUCGGUUUUUUAUUUAUAAAAAAUAAUCUCAAAAAA